AUGUCGACCUCCAAGUUACCCUGCAUACCUUCACUUCGAAAGCAGCAGCUCCACCUGGAAUUCGCGAGCUUGAGACGCGCAGCACCACCAGGGGUUUAUGUGAGCCUCGCACCCGGAGACCCGACAUUCUGGAAUGGAGUGAUUUUUGUUCGCUCAGGCCCCUAUGCUUCGGCCGUUCUCCGAUUCCAACUCCGCUUCCCAGACACCUAUCCCGACCUUCCUCCUCUCGUCACCUUCGCGACCGACUUGUUCCACCCAUUGAUUGUGCCUCUCACUACAUAUACCUUUAGCACUGGCUCGGCAAGUGACAAUCCCGUCAGCGCAACGGAUGAUGAACGAUUACCGCCCGGCGGAUUCAGUCUGCGCCAUGGUUUCCCUCAUUGGUUUGGUAGGGCAAUGCGGAGCGGACUAGCAUCAGGGAACACAUCACGGAAUGUAAGCGGUACUAGUGCAAGUGCUGCAUCGACAGGACACUCAAGCUCCGCCGAUCCCAUUACAGAUGGCGAUGAAUCGAACGCGUCAAACCCUCCAGUGACAUCAGCGGCCAGUGAGGAUGGCGGUGUAGAAGCUCCACGUAUAGCACAGGCACCUGAUAUGGGUCAGUUUGCGGAACGAAGGAAUGUCGUCCCAGUGUCGGAGAUAUUAGAUUACAUCCGGUCGACGUUUGAUGACGAAUUGGUUCUGGAUUCGCUACCGGUUGAGGUCGCAGGGAACCCUGGAGCAUGGCAUGCGUGGCAGGCACAUCGCCGAGGCGGCCCUCGAGGACAACUCAAACGAGGAAGCCCACAGGCUCGGCUUCCGGGGGAUUGGCACUGGGAUGGAAUUUGGGCUAGACGGGUAAAAGAUGAGAUUGAAAACUCUCACUCUGAGCCGAUGCUGUUUGGAGGUGCUGCUCGUGGGGGUACGGAUGAAAUGAUCCGAUUUUCGCGACUGGAUGAUACAACCAUGAACUCAGUCAGGGAGAAGAUGGCUGCGAUGGCCGGGAACGGGAUAUAA